UAUUAAGUUCCCUAGGUUAGGACCCUAGCAUCAGAUAAAAAGGGGACUCGCAUAUCUUGGCUGCCUUUAACAUCAAAAAAAUAUUAUAAAUUAUUAGACCAGCCACGAACACGAUCCGAGGAGAAACAAAAAUGAUAACCGUUGGCGUCCUUGCGCUUCAGGGGGGUUUCUCAGAACAUCUUGUGUCUCUGCGUAAAGCAGCUGGAUACUUAUCGACUCUGUCGCCACCAAGACCAAGUUUCCAAUUUGUCGAGGUUCGCAACUCGAAUCAGUUAUCCGCAUGCGACGCGCUUGUCAUACCUGGCGGAGAGAGCACCACCCUUUCACUCGUAGCCGCCCAGUCCGGCUUGUUGGAACCUUUACGAAAGUUCGUCAAAGUUAGCAAGAAGCCAACCUGGGGCACAUGUGCUGGUCUCAUAUUUCUAUCAGAACAAGCGAGCGCCGCGAAGCGAGGUGGCCAAGAGCUGGUCGGUGGACUUGAUGUCAAGGUCCACCGCAACCAUUUCGGUCGCCAGAGAGAAAGCUUCGUGACAGAUCUGGAAUUGCCCUUCCUAUCUGAAAACACCAAUGGGGCAACAGCCGCCCCCUUUCCGGCCGUCUUCAUUCGAGCUCCCGUCGUGGAUCAGAUCUUAUCUGAUGAUGUCAAUGAGUCGAUUGAAGACAGCAUGGAAAGCAUAACGCUAAAUAAUGCGACAGAGGCUUCUGAAGAUCCGUUACGGCGCGCAAACCCGAAGGUUGAGAUUUUAGCGGUUCUCCCAGGACGUCAUGCUUCAAAUAAAAAAGCGACCGCGGCUGUGGCUGCAGGUUUAGAUGCUCAGGCUGUAGCUCCGAAAGGAGAAGGAGACAUCGUAGCCCUAAGACAAGGGAACGUGUUCGGGACGAGCUUCCAUCCAGAACUGACAGGCGAUAUACGAAUACACGUAUGGUGGUUGGAGCAGAUAGCAAAGUCGUGAUGAUAAAAACGAUUGUUACAAUUUAGAGAAUAAAAUUAAACUCGAAUGCCUUCCAACAUAAUAGGUAGCUACCUGACCUAGGUAGGUUAUCUAUCAACGGACUUACUACUUACAUGCUAAGUACCUAUGUAGUAGAUCUAAUGCGGGUAGUAAACCCGGUAGUCAAAGGCGUCGAGUACUCGGACUUGCGGGGUACAUCGAUUUCAGGGACAGUCAAGUCAAGCCAAGUCAAGAAUGGGGGUUCGUUCGUGUAUCUCGGAAUAGUAUACGAACCUAUGUAUAUUCCUUAUC